AUGAUCCUGACCUCAAAUGUAGAACUAAAUAGCGUUCCUUUUAAUUUCGAUUGUGAUUGGUUAAAAUAUUAUGUUGGAUGGAAUAAUGACAAGAAACAUGAAUUAGAUUAUGAAGAAUUUACUCAAUUUGAAUUACAAAUAAAAGUUGAUACUAAUCGUUGUAAUAAGAAACAGAUUAGGGAUCUGAAACAAGAGAUAGUAGAGCUAAAAUCUGAAAUCUCUAUCCUAAAAAGUCAGCUAUAUCACGCUAGAAAAGAUGUGCGAGAUAAGGGAAAAUAUAUUUCUAGUUUAGAAGAGCGAUUAUACUUGCAAAAUCAAGGUAUAGAUCCAGCAGAUAAUACGGGAGUUCCAGUAGCAGGAAGAGAUCAGGCAAUAGAAUAUUUAAGAGAUUGUAUGACAGGAAGAACUUUAGAAUAG